AUGGGAUUUGUAAGAAUUACAGAUAAUUUACAAUGGAUUUAUGUUGCAGACUUAGAUAAGGGUGUCUAUGUUCUUAAAUUAACAAUUGAGCUAGAUUAUAGCUAGUAAGUAAGUAAAGUAAGUAUUGUUUAAGCAGGUUGGGCUUAUGCUCGCUAUUGUAAUUAAGUAGAAGUAAACAAAGAAUUAACCUAUAUGAUCAUUUUAGAAUCAUGGAGAGGAUUAAGGAUAGCUCCUUUAGCAAAUUUAUAUGCAGCAGAUCCGAAAGAAUAUCCUAUUACUCUUCCUUAAAAUGAUAUUUGGUGGUAUAAUCUUCUCCAAUAACCAGUUUUCUAUGGAUCUUACUUAUCUAAGGACUCUAAAUAUUUAAUUACAGCUAUCCGCUCUCAAGGAAUUAUGAUCUUCGAUAUUAGUGAACCUUUAAAUCCUGCUCUAUAUUACUAGGUAAAAAUAUCUGGUUGUCCUACUAUUAUUGAAAUGGUGAGUACAUAAGAUCUUUUAUUCUAUACUGAUGGUUUAUCGUUGCUUGUAUUUAAGAGAGUUAAACCAAAUAUGAAUGAUGAAUUUCCUAACUUAUUUAAUGGUCACCAAUCUAAACUUUUUAGUUAUUCCACUUCUUUUGCUUAGUGGCGGUGCUAUGUCUCAGAAGAGCAAACUUUCAUAAUAAAUGCUUAGUGCGGAGAUGUUGACUUCCUUUAAAUGAAAAACGGGGAUCCCUAUAAUAUAUCUCUAUUCAAGCGAAUUAAUGCAUAAUAGAAUACUAGAACUUGA